AACCCUCAUUUAUGGUCACCUCCGCCCCUCCUUUCCCCUUUCGCUAUUUAAUAAAAUAUUUCCGAUCUUAUUUUCAUUUUCUUCUUAAUUUACACACACUUUAUGCACAGCCCAGCUAAUGUGCGUGUAUAAAACAAAGUAUCCCGUUUCGUAAAUCUUCUCACCUGCCCACCCUCUUCGAAAUCUGGGAAAUGGAAAUCCUGAGUCGGGGGUACUGGAAGAAGAGAGGGUACGAGAGAUUGAAUGGGUCGCGUCGAAGGAGGACGACGACUAGGAUCCAGAUUGAUUCGACCCGGAAGAAGCGGUUCUGGCGGAUCAAGAUCGUGCCGAAGCUGAGGGUGUUCAAGACGGCGUCGCCGAAGAAGUUUCUGGUUUGGCUCCGGGAUGCUUACGUGAAUAUGAUGCUGAGAUUGGCGAACUCGCGGGUGAUGACGUCGAGUUACACCGGGGUGGUGCCCGACGGAUUUACCGCGUUCAGGCGGGGCCCGUUGAAGGAGUACGACGAGAAGACGAUCAUUGAGAUCUACAAGUCGCUGGUGCUGGCGCAAGGGCACUUGAUGCCCCGCGACGCAGCGAAGCUGGGCUCCCAGGCGCUCUGCCGCAUUAGGUGAUUAAUUAAUUAAACGGUUAAUAUUUUAUUAAUCGUCGGGUUAAAUGUUCCGGGAGACUAAUCGAAGAGAAGAGAUUAAGCCGUUUGAUUAAUUAAUUAAUUAAUUAAUUAACUCUCGCAGCGAUGUUAAAUCUAGAAAACAAAUAACAUAAAAUUAUGUAGUCUAUAGGGUGGUUAAUUUUUAAGCUUGUAAUGUUUGUUUAUGUAAUUCAGUAAUUGUAAUUUAACUGUUUUAAAUUUCAGUAUA